GAAGUCGUGGCAUUUAAUUAAGUUUUUCGCUCGCCCCGGUGUCUAGGUCGGCUCGCGGAACUAUCUCACACGCCGCCUCCUCUCGGAUCUUAAUUUGCUUACUAAGAUAUCGGUGUAACUUGUACACCCCUCGCUGUAGAGCUCAGUGAUACAGUCAGUGAUAAGCUUUUGCUGGUAUCCAACCAUAUUCUGCACACCUCUCAGCCUUUGGUUUCUUUCCCUUGGGUAAAAGCGGGACUCAACUAGCGUGUUUGCUGGGUGAAAGUUUGAAGAAACUUCUGUAAAGUAUAUACAGAAGGGGCAAGACCCUCUGGCCGGAGAUAGAGUAAGAGAGAACGAAAGAACAGCGCAGCAAAGCACGCACCAUGGUUCGCAAGGCACUCCUGUCCGUCGCUGUUGUUUUGGUGGCAAUUUGGGCCACCGGGAAAGCACAGGAAACGGAACAGAGCGGCGGCGGUGCAUUGACCCUGGAAGAGCAGGCCGUCCAGUACAAGGCGACGGUGCUGCUGGUACUGGCGAAUCGGGCAACCAGCCUGCCCGCCGAGAGUGAACCGGCGGUGGCGGUCGUGGUGGAGGAGGCUACCCAGCAGCUGGACGCGUGUGCCGCCGGUCUCAAGGUGCACCAGCAGCUCUGGCAGUACAAGGUGUGCGGUUCGGCCGUAUUGCAGCAGGGGCUGAAUGCGCUGUCGGCGCUCCAGGCGGCUAAUGGAGCAUCAGCCAGCGUCUAGGCUCUGGUAGGCAGUGUUAAUUGGUAGACAUUGCAGGACGUUGGGAUAUGACUUUUUUAUACUAUUGGGACAGACAAUAAAGGUUUCUCGUUUGGCGGGGAAUAUAGAUUAA